AUGGCUGCUCAGGCUUUACAAACAAUGAAUAGGCGAAUGUUGCUGGACAAGGAAAUGAAGGUGAACUGGGCAGUGGAACCGGGACAGCAACAGCCCAAAGUCGACACAAGCAAACACUUCCAUGUAUUUGUUGGAGACCUUUCUCCUGAGGUCGAUAAUAAAGCCUUGAAGGAAGCCUUCGCACCAUUUGGAGAUGUCAGCGACGCUAAAGUUAUACGUGAUGUCACCACCUUGAAAUCGAAAGGAUACGGUUUCGUCUCAUAUCCUAAGCGAGAAGAAGCUGAGCGUGCUAUCGAACAAAUGAAUGGACAAUGGCUUGGUCGUCGUACAAUUCGUACUAACUGGGCUACACGUAAGCCUGGCCAAGGAGGUGGUGAUCAACCGGCGAACAAUGAAAAGACCUAUGAUGACAUCUUCAAUAUGACCACUCCCGACAACACUUCUGUUUACGUGGGAAAUGUGGCAGGCGGAGUUUGUGGUGAGUUUUCAAUUCAAGAAUCGCUUAAAGGCAGUAAAGAAGGAGUUCGUGAAAAAUCAUGCAUUGACUCUCGCUGGGUUGUGACCCAGGGCUUAGUGACCCUGAAUUGCGCAUGA